AUGGCGGAGCCAACGCUCGAGCAGGCUUGGUUUACCUGGGAGAAGACCGAGUAUUCGGGCAAGCGCGUGCGCCUCAUCCUCAAGCCCACGCAGCUCUUACUCUACGCUGGUCUUGCCCGAGAUGGCCUUCCCGUUGGCCUCUUAAAAACCGUGGACCUCUUGAAAAUGCGCGCCAUCAUGGUCAAGGUUUGUCGCAUCUUUAUCAACAUUGAAGAACAAGAUCAAUUGCUCGUGCUUCUGGCCGAUGAUGAGCCCGAGGCCAACGACUGGGGCGAGCGGCUCGAUCUACAGGUCAAUGCACAGCUUCGCCUCCAGCUCCAAGAAGACAUUCGUCGUGCCGAGAUGAAGGCUCUCGAAUCAGAGGCCGCAGAGGCCACGGGGGUCGAUGCAAAGCAGCCACCCGAGCCAACGUCGGCCAAGGAGGAGCCUGCAGAUAUCAAUGCAGCUCCUCUGCGCCAAGCCGCUCGUCCGCCUGCGGCCCUUCCAAAUGUAGAACCACCUCGCACGGACCGCCAACUCGCCGAGGAAGACCGACAGCUUGCUGAAAACGGGGACCCGCGAAACGAAGCUUCCCUGCAAGUUCUGCAACGCCCGCGCAUGAGCAGUGCCGCAAGCCACUUGCCGCGCCGUGAUACCAUGCAAAGCGCACUCCGGCUGACACUUGAUGCUGGCGUCAUCAGCAUGUACGCUGGGGCGUCCGCGGAUGGCAGCUUGGGCGUAAAAAGCGGCGAAAUUCCUUUGGCCCACCUUCGGAGCGUGCGCGUGGACGAGCAUCGGCUUCAACUCAUUACUGCAGAAAAAACCUGGGACCUUGAUGUUGCCUCGCCUGAGCAGGCUCAGCAUUGGGCCCAACUAGUGCAGGAUGCUCUCGAGGAGAUUGCGCUUCGCGAGGUCAAGCAACUUCAUCUCUCACUUUCGGGAACUUCAGACGAUAGCCCCAGUACCUCGACAGACAGUCCUUCUGGUGCCAUUGCGGACACGUAUGAGGGCUGGCUGGAACAGAUGAUCUCGCUCAAGCAAGGGCGCGAGCGACGCUACGCCGUUGCGGGUGGGCGCACGCUGCAGCUAUAUGCCAAAGCUCCUGCCCAUCCCGGCCAGCCGCCACGACAGCGUCUUGACAUGGUUCGCUUGACCCACCUACAAUCAGUCUACAUUGAAGACCUGAGUUUUCAUCUGGUGCUCCCAACCAUGACCAUGACCUUCGUGGCACCAACCGAGGAUGAGUGCAUGACUUGGACCAAAGUUCUUGCCCACAACAAUCACGUGCCUGCACACCUCUCGCCUCAAGUCAUGCAACGAAUGAACGACGCUCAGGCUGCCAAGGAUCCGCAAGGCGAGUCGAAGGCUCAGCUCCAGGCCAUGUUGGAGGAAACUCGGCUCUCGUCUCUCGCUCUCAUGGCCUCGAGCGUCAUUUUUGCUGGAUUUGUUCAAAAGUGGCGCCACCGAAAACCUCACCUCUGGCAACAACGGUUAGCGCAGAAUCCGUCCAAAGGCUCGCUUCGCUAUGUCGUGCUGCAUCAAAGCGGUGUUUUGCACUUUUUCGAUCGCGUGUGGACACCCGAGUCCGACCAACAGCCGCGACGCAGCCUCCUAGACUUGGCGUCCUUGGUUCCUUACGUUGAGCUCAACAACGAAGGCGAUGAUCGUCACAUUUACAUGUUGGCUAGCGACGUCAUGGGCGAACCGGAAACAUGGGAUGCUGCUCAGUGGACCAAGUCUAAUGCUGCUGAGGCUACCCAACCCUCAUCUUUGCCGGAGGACAAUGAUGAUUCGGUGGACAUGGCUGAUCCCACGUACAGCCUUCUGCCUGUGCGCAUGUUGCAUGCACAGAAUCGUGCCGCUGAUCCGCCACGCCCAGUCAAGGCCUCUCAUCAAAGCCACGGAUCAAUGGCCGGUGAUUCUGAUGACGACGUAGUGGCCUAUGCGCACGAUACGGAUGAUGAUGACGACCGCGGUAACACAUCCCUGACUGUUCCAGCCAAUGGGCCGCACCGCCACGAUCCUGAUUAUCAGAGAGUGGAAGACAUUCUGCUGGAUGUAACGGCGCUCAGUGCGAGCCAGGAUCAUCUUGUAAGCAGCAGCGAGGAAAGUGAUGAAGACAUGCCUACACCUCCCUAUGCCGAUGUGCGCCGUUUGCUCGCUGAAGGCGAUGAUGCAUUGGCUACCCCUCGGUUGCCACCACGCAACUACGAUGCUACCUUGUGGUCCAAUGAUACCCACCAGGUAAAACCAGACACCGAUCAACUUGAGAGCCAACACGCUCAUGGUGAAGAGACCUUGGAAGCAGCAGUCGCCGCCAGCCAACACGUGACGCCACGUGACCGUCGCACCCGGCCUCGCUCCUCUCAAGUGCGAUCCAGUCCGCGCCGAUUGCCGCGCCCCCCUGGAGCCAGCCCAGGCAGCGGAGCCCCAACCCCCAAAGGUGGGACCAUGCAGCGGCAGCAAGCCGUGCAGACCAAGGGCGAUUUGGAUCAGGCCUCGACGCCGUCCGCACCGUCGCCGUUGUCCUCGAAAGCAGCAGCCACCCUUGCGUUGAAAACACCACCAGUUGGAGGAUCACACUCACCUCGAGAUAUCGCUCCUAGCAUGAGUGGAGUCCGCGAUCGCAUUCGUGAGCUCAAUUCUCGUGUUGAUCAAGCAAGUAGUCCUUCAUCGACCGCCCCAGCGCUUCCGCCACGCUCGGCACGCCCAUUGAUGCGCUCAGACAACAACACCAUCCAACCUGCAACUGCAAGCAUGGAUCAAGGGCUCGUCUCAGCGCGUGCUCAGCUGCGGCGGGUGUCGAAGCGACGGCUCCCAGUGCCUCUCAACAUCAAGUCCAUGCGCCGUCCGUCAGAGCCCGUGGGCCCUGGCCGAACGAUGCCCCCAGCACCCACGACCGUCGCCCCCGAUCCGGUUCCAACCAAGCGUGGGCCACGCAUGCGCUUGCGUCGUUUCCGUUCAAAGGCUUCCAUGGAGCCCGUGCCCGAGGCGACGCCCGUUACCAAGCCCGCCAACAAGGCCCCCAAACUCGGCAAGAAUGAUCGUCAGGCAGGCAAGACCUCUGGCAGUCAAGGAAACCUGGCCACUCAAGCUUCAAAACAAACUUCUCCGCCCCAGACGAGCUCAGUGGACGCUGGCCAAGGGUCAACGGCUCGGUCCGUCCCCUCCGGGCCGAAUAAAGGCCCAGCAGCGUUUGCGACAACGCCCGCAGCGGACAACCAGCCAACUGCAGCCGUGGUGGGAGACGUCCGUGCGCGCUUCACCGAAUUUUUGGAUGCCGGUGAUUUGCCAGAGAUGAUGGCGGGCUUUCAGGCCGUGCUGCAAGCGCUGGGCGCACAGUCGUGGCUCGAUCAGCCAAACUUUUACCUUCGCUUUCGCACUGCUGUCACGCCUCAUCUCAAUUAUAAGCAGAAAUCUGUAUUCAAGACCAUGGACCAACAAUUUCACCAUUGCGGUUCGCACUUCAACGAUUGUUCGCGGCUAUCUGUGGUGGUGAUCGGUGCUGGGCCUGUGGGCUUGCGCACCGCAAUCGGCAUGGCAUUUCUUGGUGCCCGCGUGCGCAUCCUGGAGAAGCGGCGCACGUUUGGUCGGCACAACAUUUUGCAUCUUUGGGAAUGGGUCUGCAACGAUCUCCUGAAGCUAGGUGCCAAUGGCGCGGAGAUCUUGGGCAAGAGCUUCUUUCACAUUGGCACAAGACGUCUGCAACUCAUGCUGGCGCGCAUGGCGUUCCUUGCGGGCGUGGUCUUCCAUGUGAACAUGGAAGCUGUGCAGUUGGAGGCGCCCUCUGCCACCGAUCCGAAUUCCGUCAAGCUCUAUCGCCUGGAAUGCCGACCGCGCCACGCAGAUAAGCGAGCGCCGCGACUGUAUCUGCCAUGCCACGUUCUUUUGGACGCGUCUGGUGCCAGCGACGGUGUGACUGACGGGUUGGGUUUCAAGCGCAAUGUCAUGUCCACGAGCGCAGCUUUGGGCUUGGUGGCUCAUUGGACCAAGGGGCGAUCCCAGCAGGAGCGCGACAUGGAAGAGUUUUCCUGGUCACGACAAUACAACCAGGCUUUGUUCGGCAAGCUGCGUGCCCUUGGUGCUGAUCUCGAGAAUUGCGUCUAUUAUUGCAGUAGCACGCAUUACUUUAUCAUGACGCCCAAGCGGCAGAGCCUGCUUGACUUUGGCGUGCUGCGGGAGCCCCGUAGUUCAUCCUCCGAGCUUGUCAAGUCGGACAAUCUUGACCAAGCCAAGCUGCGCGAGUAUGCGCGCAUGGUUGCUGCCUUCUUUCAGCUACCCAACACCUGUCCCUUUGCGGAGGAAACUGGCGGGGCAAUGCUGUUUGACUUUAGCAGCCGACGGGCGGUGACACGGGCCUGUCAAGUCCUGACCGACUCAAACAGUGGUCAACAGGUCGUUGUCAUGCCGGUUGGAGAUGCGCUCUUGGAGCCCUUUUGGCCCGAGGGUCUGGGCAUCAACCGUGGUUUUCAUUCGGCGCUCGAUGCGAUUUGGGUGAUUCAAGAGUACUUUGCUUCCGGUCAUUCGCAAGAUACAGAGGCCUUGAUCUCCGCACGAGAUGACCUGUUUGCCAUUCUCAAAGGGCUAUCAGCGUUCACGAAGGCAAACAUCGUGGCUCCCAACGUCCGGGCCUAUGAUUUGCAGCCAGAGACACGCUACAAGGUUUGGGCAGCCCGCAGUCGGCCAGACACAGACAGCGCUAUGCUUCUUAAGCAGCAAUCGCUCGCCCGGCCCUAUAGCGUGGCGAUUACAGGCUCCGUGGCUGACAGUUUUGAUGCAUAA